GGGGAUCUGUGGGGUUUGGGGGCUCAGGAUGGGGAUCUGUGGGGUUUGGGGGCUCAGGGUCUGGGGAUUUGUGGGGUUUGGAGGUUCAGGGUCUGGGGAUUUGUGGGGUUUGGCCCAGGCAGGAGUUGCAGGAAAUGCCCCUUUGCUCAGACAAGCUGCCCUGCACCCCCUGGUUUUUGGGGAGACCACGUUAGGACUGCUGGGCACGGCCUGGCCUGGCACUGGGAGCACCUGGAGCACAUCUGGGCACAUCUGGGGCACAGGAACCAGGGCAGCCCCCCAUAUUUCACCUCUGCCUGCAGAACCCCCUUUCCCCUCCCUGUUUUGGUACCCGAAUCCAGCUGAGGGUGGAGCAGCCAGAAUUCCCCCUCGCUCCCCCCAGCCUCUCCCAGUCCCUGCUCCCAAACUGGGCUGUCCCUGCUCCCAAACUGGGAUAUCCCUGCUCCCAAACUGGGAUAGCUCUGCUCCCAAACUGGGAUGUCCCUGCUCCCAAACUGGGAUGUCCCUGCUCCCUAACUGGGAUGUCCCGAGCCCGGGCAGGGCCUGGCACGGCUGCAGCUCCCCAGGCAGGGCUGUGGGCACCAGAAACAGCCCUGGGGAGCAGCGCAGAGCCCCCCAAACCCCUCAGACCCCCAAACCCCUCAGCCCCCAAACCCCUCAGCCCCUCACACCCCUCAGCCGUGCCCAGCCUGGACAGGAUCAGUGCUCACAGAGCUUUGCUGCUGCCCCGGGGGGGUUUUCCCUCUCCAGACACUUUGGGGAUAAAUCCAUCCCUGCCAAGCUCUGCCCCCCAGCCUGGCAGGGUGCGGGCAGGGCACGGAGCCCCUCUGCUGUGCCAUGGGCUUGGCUUUCCUGGAGGAUCAGCUCCCUCUGGAUGUGGCUGGGCAUCCUGGAGCUGGGACUGGCACCUGGCACCCAGGACCGGGACUGGCACCAAGACUGGCACCCAGGACUGGCACUUGGCUCCGGGCUCCAGCUCCCCGUGGGGCUGUUCCCUCCUGCAGCAGGGAGUGAUUCCUUCAGCGAUCCUUGGAAAAUGCUCGGUGGGAGGGAAAAUGCGGCGAGCCCGGAGCUCCCCGGUGCCACCAGGGCUCUGUCCCAGACGAGUCUCCAGACGUCUGCAUUGUUUGAGGUUUGCCCAUCCCUGCUCUGGUCCCUUCCCGGUAUUUCCAGCCCGAAUUGUUCCCUAAUUGAUUCCAGGGGAUGGGGAAGAGCAGGGACAGCCCCCAGCCCCCAGUGGCGCAUUCGGGGCCGUGUUUUCCUUGGGUCUCCUUGUUCCCUUUUCCCCUGGUCCCUCCUGGUGCCAUUUUUUCGUGAUUCCUCCUGGUUCCCUCUUUUCCUGGUUCUUCCUGAUUCCCUCUUUCCCUGGUCCCUCCUGGUUCCUUCUUUUCUUGGUUCCUUCUUUUCCUUUUCUCACCUGGUCCAUUUUUCCCUGGUCCCUCCUGAUUCCUUCUUUUCCUGGUCUCUCCCAAUUCCUUUUUUUCCUGGUCCCUCCUGGUUCCCUCUUUUCCCGUUUCCCUCUUUUCCUGGUCCCACCUGGUUCCCUAUUUUCCUGUUUCCCUCUUUUCCUGGUCCCUCCUCAUUCCCUCUUUUCCCGUUUCCCUCUUUUCCUGGUCCCUCCUGGUUCCCUAUUUUCCUGUUUCCCUCUUUUCCUGGUCCCUCCUGUUUCCCUCUUUUCCCGUUUCCCUCUUUUCCUGGUCCCUCCUCAUUCCCUCUUUUCCCGUUUCCCUCUUUUCCUGGUCCCUCGUGCAGCUGGAGCCGGGCUGAGCUCUCCCAGUGCCAUCUUUCCCCCCACGGAGGAAUUUCCUCGGGCCCGGAGCUGCCCUGCCCAGGGCUCCUGUGGGAGCUCAGCAGGCAGGACAGGGACACGGCUCCUUCGGGUGCCCGGGGUGAGGAAUUCCAGGGAAUUCCCAGGGGAGCAGGGCCUGGAUCAGGGCAGGAACCUUCCCUGAUCCGUCUUUGCUCAGUUUUCCUGCUCGUUUUUCCCAUUCCCACACCCUGAGAGUGGCAGUGAACUUCCAGGGGCGCUGGUGCCGCGUUCCCACGGGGGAUAUUCAGAUCCAGAUCCAAUAUUCCUGCUGCAGGGCAAGGAAAACUGCUGGGAGAAUCCCACAGAGCCAGGCCAGCAUUCCCGGGAUCAGGAAAAGCCCUGCAGGCUCCUGUUUAUCCUUUCCCCUUUUCCCUAGAAAUCCCCCCAAAAGGAUGGGGGAUUAGGGUUUCCACCUCAUGAGAGAAUUCCCAACAUUUGGCAAUGCCCAAAAUCCAAGAAAAACAGGAAUUUCUUCCCUCCUAAACUUUUUAUGGAGUGGAACAUUCCUUUCUUUAGAAUUCCAGCUUUCCCAAGGAAUUUUUGCCAGAUAUUUUGGGAUUUUUCCCCUCUGGAAUCACACCCAGAACCCCACGACUUUACAUCAUUCCAGAGAAUUCCAGAGGGUUCCAAUCCCCCGUUACUGAUCAGCUCCCAGUAGCCCCAAUCCCAGAUAACCCCUUUUAUCCCAGGCAUUUCAUGGAUAUCUGAUUCCCACUUGGAGUGCAAAUAUUUGGUGCCAAGCUCUGAUCUCCACAGCUGGAAAAAAAAAAAGAAACUGGAGGCUGGCAGGGAUUAAAUCCCAAAGUUAAAUUCCUCUUCUCCACCUUUGGGAUUAAAUUCCAGCCCUUUUAGGCUGGAUUUAGGGGGAGAGAAACCCUCUGGAUGCCCCAUCCCUAAAAAAACCCAUCCCUGGGCAGGAUUUCCCAGGUUUUGGAGCGCCAAUUGGGAUUUUUGUGAAAAUGUUGGGAAUUUCCGUGGUUUUCCAGCAUUUUUCCCCCCUCAUUUCAUGGAUUCUCCCAUCCAACACGUCCUGGAGCAGCCGCUGCUCCUGGCAGGCCAAAGGAAGUCGUUGCUUCUGGUUUUUCUUGGAAUUUUUUCCCUUUUUUUGUUAGCAGAAAGCAGGAAUUUUGGCUGUGCCCUGAGGAAAUGUGUAUUCCUGGUGUUCUUUUGUCUGGCCAGCUGACGGUUGGGCAAAGGAACAGAAUUAAAUCAAUGUGCAGAGCGAGGUCAGGCUUUGGGACAGCAACAACAACACCACCACCAUUGAGGCAGAGCUGGUAAUUCCAUCCCUCCAUUCCCACAUGGAUCCUCCUUCCCUGGCCCUACAGAUCCACGUGGAGAAGUCAAACCACAAAAUUCCUUUGGGUUUUUGGAGGUUCAGCACAAAAUAAAUGUAUUUUUUGCCCUUCUUCCUUACACAAAAGGUGAAAAAAAUGGAAUUAAGGAGCAUUUUCCCAAGGUUUUGUUUGGGUUUUUCCACCUGAUUUCCAGGUGUGCUGCACAUCUGGAUGCUCAGAUGGUGUAAAAUUGGAUUUUUGGAUCCCUGUGAGCCGUGUCUGAGCACAAAUGAUAAAAAAUUCCACAUUUCCCUGCUCGUGCUCCAGCAGGAGAAAUCGACGGAAGGGGCCAGGACGGAUCCCCAAACUGGGAAUGUUCUCUGGGGUGAUUCGUUGGCAGAAAACUGAGAAUAAAUAAAUGUAUUUAACUAGUGCUGUACAAAAAAAAAUGUUUGUUUUAAAAUAAAUGAUUUUAAGGA